AUGUCAGCCUUCCUCAUCAACAAGAUCAGGACAAAAAACAGUUUUUCCUGCAAAGUUGGGCCACAAACACUCGAUGAAACAUUCAGUCGCGUCCAGCAGAGAGACGAGGACUCUUUGGUUUAUUCCGUGCCGACCAUUGUUACCAAGAAAACUGGCAGAGCGAGGCAGACAAAUAGGAGGGCAGCAGAGGAAUUCAGCACGUACGCUGACGUGCGUCUUCAAAAGUGGAGUGCAGAAAUGAACCACAGGAAGAAUGAGACAGCGCCUGACCUAAAUAGGAGACUGUUUGGCAACCGAUUGCAGGUGGGUCCUGGUUGCCAAUCAGGCAGCAGGGUAGACGCCUGUGCAUGGCACGAGGAAGUGAAUGUACCAAAAAAAAUGGAGGGCGGUGGGAGGGCGGUGGGAGAACGUGAUGGUGCCGAGCGUAAAGCAGCUGCAGCUGGCGAGGUGGACGUCCAUGAGCCGGCCAACCCUGCGACUGACAAAAAUGAGGAGUAUGGGCGCCAGGCGGGAGCCUCUGCAGCAGACGAGGAUGACGGCAGGCAAGCGAGCGACUGUCCUGGAGAUCUGCCUAACACCAUUGUCUCUGACUUGCAAACCUCCUCGAGACUUAGUGGAAAGACGAUCACAACGAUGGCGGAGCUGACUGCACUUGUGCUUCUCGGCGCAUUGGUUCUGAGUCAAUCCUACAUUCCGAUAACACUGAGCCUAGUGGAAGUUGGCGUUAACGUCACUUUGGCAUGCCCGCGCCACGACGAUAGAGGUGACAUAUUUUACUGGUACAAGAUGAAAUUCGGCUCAAUGGUCCAAACCAUUGUGGAGGGGUAUUUCGGGGAAAUGUCCCUUCGAGGACCGUUCAAGGACGGAAGAUUUGUGAGCGCGCGUACGGGUGACAUGUACGUUUUAAACAUCACAAACGUACACAAAGACGAUGAAGCGAUGUACACCUGCCAAGCUGGGACCUCAUACAACAUGGUGUUCACCGGUGGCACGCAUCUGGUGGUGAAAGACCCCAGACGCAAGUCCUUCCAGGUGAGACAAAUUCCGCAAAGCAAGUCGGUCAAAGGAGGCGAGUCUGUGACCAUCCAGUGUUCCGUCCUAGCUGAGAGCAAAGAAUAUUUCCGCCAAUGUCCGAACCAAAGCAGCGUCUACUGGUUGAAGUCAGGAUCGGGAGAGUCUGAUCCACACAUCAUUUACUCCGACAGUGAUGAUGAACAAGACCCAAGAAGCUGCGUCUACCAUCUCUCUCUGACCGUACUCAACUCCUCUGAUACCGGAACAUACUACUGUGCCGUAGCCACGUGUGGACAGAUCCUAUUCGGACAAGGAACUCAUGUGGACACACAACAAGACGUGAAAGCAGCUGCCGUUUUGCUGAGUGCUCUGCUGGCCUCCUUCGCUGUUGUGGUCACUGUUUUAGUUGCUUAA